CGGGUCUCGGCUGUUUUACAUCGUCUUCAUUCGUUUCCUUCUCAACCUUUCUGGAGUAGACUACGAGAACUCCAAGACAUGAGUUAAUUGCGUUUUAUCUUGUAUCUGGCUUCUCUAUUCCGCAAAACGAUGCAGUAUCUGCCUUGGCCAGAACAAGCAACCUUCAAAAUAGCUUCAACCGAAUCGAGCAGCUACAACCAUGUGGGUAGCUCAUCCCGUUCGAUAGCGGGACAGGAAACGGAUCGUCUCUUACCAAACAGGAAGAUGGCAAUCCCCAGAUUGGCCGAAGGUCCGGAGUCCGCUUUCUCAACUCCAGGCAGGUUUCACCGUCGCCACGUGAGUCGGGCUUGUGAAUCCUGCAGGCAAAGGAAAACCAAGUGUACGGGGGAUAAGUCUGGCUGUCGCAAUUGCCGGGACGCUGGCAUCAUCUGCUGUUAUACAGACGGCAAAAGGGAAAAGUCUAAGAGACAAUUGGCUAGCUUGGAGUCGAAGAUACAGACUUACGAAGAUGUUCUGAAAAGUCUGUGUUGCCGAUUUGGUUUUACCAAUGAACAAUUGAUGAACGUGGCAUUGACAGUGGGAGGACCCUCUGGACAAGCCUUGCACUUUGAUAUGCGAACUUCGUUCACUGAAGAUCAGGGGCUUUUCUGCGCUUUUAAUGCUGAAUCGCCAUCGUUUGUUGACCCCACCAGUUGCGUUGACUACGUCAAGGAGGAUUUCAACAAAGACGAAACCUCCCAAGCCACAGGCUUCAUCGGACAAAGCUCGGAAAUAUCGUGGAUCCAAGCACUAAGCAGAGAGCUCAAUCGUGGGUUGGAAGCUGCUAGGCCCGGCGAGACCAUGUUGCCUUUAUCGGAACGCGAUGGGAGCAUCAUAUCCGCCCUGAAUUAUCAUCUCGAUUACCAGGAAUUACCCACCAUUCAACGGCUGGAUGCUUUUGCACUACCCUCAAAGGACAUGGCCUCAAAGCUGUAUAAGUUAUAUGUGGAUUGGGUGCACCCCUCCUUUCCAAUCAUCGGUAUCACGCCAUUUGGACCGCAGUUCCAAGCAUUCAUUGGAAAUCCCUCUUUGCGCCCAGGAAAUAAAUGGCUCGCAAUCCUCAACCUCAUAUUUGCGAUCGCUGCAAGAGCGAGAGUCUUAAGCAUGGAUGAUCGACAUCUUCAUCAUCCUGACCUACAGCAGCUACAGGUAGAAGGACUGGCUGCUCUAUACAUGCUCGCCUUGGGCCACAUAAACCGGGCGUGGAAACUCUGUGGAAGCGCUGUGCAGGGCGCCCUCGGUCUCGGGCUUCAUCUACGCCACAUGGGCGAGUUUACCACUGAUACUUCAAGAGAGGCCAGAUAUCGUGUAUGGUGGUCCCUUUACAUGAUUGAUCAUCGACUCGGCAUGAUUACUGGACGGCCUUCCUGCAUAGAUGAUAAUAUUCACACGACACCUUUACCGGUUCCCUUUGACGAGAGUGACUUUGGAAAGGAGGAAGUGAUAAUUCAGCUCAAACGUUUACCCAGAGCAGAUCCCAGUAAUUCAGGAGGUGCUGCAAGCCCCCGAUUGGACCCGCAAGCCAAGCACCUUAUAACUACAAAGAUUACGGAUACAGUCGCCAUUCCUUCCUGUGGAUCACUGUACUUCCUUCACCUCAUCCGGCUUACGCUAAUUGCAAGGAAGAUGAAGGUUAAGCUCUACAAUCCCGGAGUGGCGCGCAGCCCUUUGAUAGGUGUUGAGCUCGCCAUACAAAGUCUAACAUCAGACAUUGAAUCCUGGCUCUCGGCUCUGCCUAAGGAUUAUGAUUUCACAUCCAUGCAGUCAUCACAAGCGACACAGUCGAUCAUCCACCAAAGAAUUAGUCUCGCAUUGUUCUUCUAUAGCACAAAGAUGGGUAUCACACGGCCGUGUCUUCGUCGUCUGAGCUCAGUCAACCCAGAUGGCAAAUUUCAAGACUUUUGUAAGAGAACAGCAGCUGAGUGUGUGGAAUCAGCCUGUCAUAUGCUCAGAUUAUUCCCCGAAAAUCUACACGCAGCGACUCUAUACAAGAUGUCUCCUUGGUGGUGUGUGUUGCAUUUUCUCAUGCAGGCAACCACGAUUCUCUUGCUUGAGCUCGCGUUCGGUGUUCAGCAUGUUCCCGAGAAAGUCUCGAUGGUGUCUAAGGCUGCUGAGAAAGCCUACGAAUGGCUUGGCAUACUGGCAAGGACCAGUAUGGCCUCGGAAAAAGCUCGUCUACUCUGCGAUGGGUUUAUGCGUCGUAUCGCACAAUGUGCAGGAGGCGACACAUCGAAUUACCUAUGCGCUGCUCACGCCACUGGCAGUUCACAAUUGAAUGACACCCCUGUUCCGCCUUCUACAACUGGUGCAAGGGAGCUUCUUUCUGCUCCCGAUACUCCAGAUUACGACAUGGCAGAUGUUUCUCUGCCGCCCUUGGAACCAUCGGGCAGCAUCAAUGCUCCACCUUCUACAUAUCAGACUCCAGGAAAUCUUGAUUCUAUGAAAAUAGAAAGAGACACCCCUUUCCAAAGUCCUUACGAUGGAGGGCUUCCUUAUGAUCCGAGCACUGGGCAAAUCAUAAGCUCGUUUUUCCCUCCCGGUGCAGUGCUCGACUUUGAUGUACGUGACUAUCUCUUGGAAGAGUUCUGAUCUCACCUACACCUUCGGUCUUCGGUUAUGGUUCCAGAAUCCUAGGACUGCUGCUCUUAUAGCAGACAUCCCCCGUUCUACUUUGGCUUUCGUCUCUCAAUUUCAUUAAGGCAUGACCCCAACCCACACUGGACCAACUUUCUCUUUGAAGUCUUUACAAGUGUUUACGUCUCGUUCAAAUUGCCGCAUUCAUUACGUUGCCCUUCCUAACCUCCCCAUUUGACCUUCUUGGCGACAUUCCGGUGGGAUCCCACUUGGUCGUACGAGUAAGGCUGGAUCAAAAUGUUCCCCACAGUGGGAACGACAAAAAAAAUGAUAUUUCAAGAGC